UAUUUGCCAAAUUGUCCUUCUGAACACUAUUUCCUCUCUCUGGCACGUUUCUUGCGGUCUUUCUCUCCCUCUCUCUUCCCUUCGAGUCUUCAAGGUCAUGUUCGGAGAGAAAGAUCUCUCUAAUGGUGCUGUUUCCUGCGAGCGCGACAAUAGUUCUCAGGGAAAGUUCAGUCGGCACAUUUCUGACCGAAGAAAGGAGAACCCAGACGAGAAAAUGAGAUUUUCUGAGAAGGGUAUGGGUUUUCUCAGAGAAUCAGUUACGGGUUCCGAUGGUUUCCGAGCAAAACACCCCAAAGCGGGGACCUCGGGCUCCCAGGAGCUAACUCUCAGCUACCUCUGCGACAGUUCCAAACUGGGACUUUCCGAGAGGGAGAUUCCGGCGAAAAGUUUUCUCAAUACCUUCGAGAAAGUCGCCCUCAAACGCAGAGAACCCGAUAAUUCAAACCAAGAUGAAAAAUGGGUAGAGAGAGAUUUCCUGAAUUUGAACGAAACCAGAGGAAAUUCUUCGAAACAAGAGAUCCAGGAUGAUGUUGAGGGGGAGAAUAUUGUAGAUAAGAAGCCAAAGCUAGAUAUUCUGAAUCUGUCUCUAGCUUUGCCUGAUGUGUCACACUCUAUCAGUGCUCUCAACCCUUCACAAAAUGCCGAUCCUCCGGCUCGGUCGAAGCCUACUAGGAGUAUGCAAUCUUUGGCACCAUCUGGUAACAAUCAGCAAACCACUUGCUCCAAUGAUUUCACGGCGCCUUCGAUGUCGUACUCGUUUUCCCACCCUCUUUCCCACAACCCGAGUUGCUCGCUCACCCGUAAUUCGACGGAGAAUUACGAAUAUUCGGUUGGGAGAGAGGACCAGAUUUGGAAUUGUGGGGAGGGAACUAAUGGUUCGGUUCAUAGUAGGUUUAAGCCCAUUGGCGAUGGGUUAGUGACGCUGUCGAAUCACGGUGGAGGUCUUUUUUCGACGUUGCAGGGAAAUCAGAGCAAUCGUAAUAAGGAAUUGUGUAAUAAUAGUCAUUAUAAGACUACUACGAGCUCGGAUAACCAUUCAUUUUUCCCGUCUGAGCUCCCAGCUAGGCCAAGGUUUGAUACGCAGUCUGGCGAUUCGAGGGGACGGGGUUCGGAGGGGUUGAGGAAUUUUGAGGGUGUAGAUGGUGGUGGGAGAGUUAGAAAGGCUUCUAGACCGGAGAGGAUUAUUCGCGACAUCAUAUCGGAUCCUAUUCCUACGAUGGCUCAGACACUUCAGGAGCUUCCCGAUGACACCGUUGCAUUGGUCAAGGAUUACUUGAAAUGUAUCGUUACAAUGCCUGAGAAGAAAGAGGAGUUAGUAGGACUACAAAGCUGUCUUGAACGAAGAUCCGAUUUUACCAAGGAGACUUUGUCAAAGUGUCACAAGGUGCAGUUGGAAAUUUUGAUUGCUGUGAAAAUGGGACUUGGAAGCUACUUAUCUAGUGAGAUUCGCCUGCCAAUAGCUGAGCUGGUGGAGAUUUUUUUGUACAUGAGAUGUAGAAAUGUGAACUGCCGGAGCAUGCUGCCUGUUGAUGAUUGCGACUGCAAGAUUUGCUCGGCGAACAAGGGGUUUUGCAGUCAGUGCAUGUGUCCCAUCUGUUUAAAUUAUGAUUGUGCAAACAAUACUUGCAGUUGGGUUGGUUGUGACGUAUGCUCCCAUUGGUGCCAUGCGGUUUGUGGCAUUCAGAAGAAUCUGAUUAAACCAGGUCCUAGCUUGAAGGGGCCUUCAGGGACUACUGAGAUGCAGUUUCACUGCAUUGGGUGUGAUCAUGCGUCGGAAAUGUUUGGUUUCGUGAAGGACGUGUUUUUGUGCUGUGCCAAAGAUUGGGGCUUGCUAACCCUGAAGAAGGAGCUUGACUGUGUAUGCAAGAUUUUCAGGGGAAGUGAAGAUUACAAAGGCAAGGAAUUGCAUAUGAAAGCUGAUGAGAUGCUAUCCAAGCUUGAAAGUAAAUUGAUCUCUCCUUUGGAUGCCUGCAACGUUAUUAUUCAGUUCUUCAACUACACAGGCGCCAUGCCUGACUUUCCUGCUUCAGGUGUGGUUUCAAAAGCUUUGGUGGCAACUCAAGCUAUCCUUGGGAAAGAAGCAACGCCUCUUCCGCAUGCCACUUCUCUACCCCCAAUGUAUACUUCAUACAACGCGAGCUCUUCUAGUAUGCGUAAUGAUUUAUUGUCUAUUGAUCUUCGCCAGAGCGACCUCAAACCUUCCAUCAUAAGUGAAUUGACAACAGAGGUUGAUUUCCGGUUUGGUCCAAUGCCAAAGAAAGAUGGGUUCGACAGCUUGGAAAGUUUAGUGAGGAUCAAGGAAGCAGAGGCGAGGAUGUUCCAGAGCAAGGCAGAUGAUGCAAUGAGAGAGGCUGAAGGUUUCCAGCGAAUGAUCAAGACCAGGACUGAAAAGUUGGAAGAAGAGUAUGCUGGAAAGCUAGGCAAACUAUGUUUGCAAGAGACAGAGGACAGACGAAGGAAAAAACUGGAGGAGCUAAAGGUUUUGGAAAAUUCUCAUUGUGAUUAUUACAACAUGAAAAUGAGAAUGCAAGCUGAUAUUGACGGUUUGUUAAAGAGAAUGGAGGCAACAAAGGAGCAAUGGGUGUGAUUUCUUCUUGCUUUUAACGAUGAUGCUAAUAGUGUGUAGUUUGAUCAUGUUACCAAUCUUGGAUUCUGCUUGUAUAAUGAAUGCAUUAUGAACCAUCAUUUCUGUUGUGAAAUUUCAGAACUGGCUUUUCUCCUCUUCA